AUGCUGGCAGUUUUGCCCACAGCCGUCAAAUUGGUGCUUAUGUAUUUUGUGGAUGUCCACGACCCCAAUGAACGGUACAACAAGAAAUUCCUAGACGCUUUCUCCCUCAUUGAUGUUACUGUUGCCGGAUACUUGAUGAUUCUCAUAAUCUGUGGUCAAAUUUUCUCGAUAAGCUCAGCUGUGCAGAGCAUUUGUUUCGUGGUACUCUUGAUACUAGUGAUGUCUCCGAUAGCCGUCGCUUUAGAGGCCCAGACACCACAUGAGGAAUCAAUCUCAGAACAAAGGACUGGACAGCUCCGUGAAGAGGUCGCAGAGGAUUCUGAAAAUGCUACCUCCAGUACCGCACUUGGGGGAUCUGACCAAGACCUGUCUGCUGGCAAAGAGAACCUGAAUGUAUUACAGGCCAUGUGCAAACUCAACUUCUGGUUGCUCUUCCUAGCAAUGACUUGCGGAAUGGGAUCAAGUCUGGCCACGGUGAACAAUAUCAGCCAGAUCGGCGGCUCACUUGGCUACACGACCAAGGAGACCAGCACACUUGUGUCACUCUGGAGCAUAUGGAACUUUUCAGGGCGGUUCGGUGCAGGCUUCAUAUCUGACCAUUUCCUUCGCCAGCGAGGAAUUGGGAGGCCAUUCUUUAUAGGUGUUACGCUGCUGAUCAUGAGCACCGGUCAUGCCAUCAUCUCCUCCGGUCUCCCUGCAUCACUCUACUUUGGGUCGGUGCUGAUCGGCAUGUGCUAUGGGUGUCAGUGGGCCCUGAUGCCGAGCAUAACAUCUGAGAUCUUUGGGCUGAACCAUUUUGGCACAAUAUUCAACAUGGUGGCUGUUGCGAGCCCUGUUGGGUCUUACAUCCUCUCGGUGCGCAUUGUGGGCUACAUAUAUGACAUCGAAUCGCCACCAGAUGAGCACUCCUGUGUAGGUAAACAAUGCUUUGCGCUCUCUUUCAUGAUCAUGGCCGGUGUCUGUAUGUUCGGGUCUGCUGUUGCGUUUGUGUUGUUUAUCAGAACAAGGAAGUUCUAUAGGCGUGUCAUAUACGCGAGGUUGCAGUCUUUUCUAGACUAG